AAAACCAUCACUUUGAUGACUCCAUUCUUCACAGAAAAGAUGUUGAAUGAAGGCAGCCUGACAUAAAUGAGAGUAGUAGGCGUGUUUUUUCUUCAGAAAUAGUUUUUCUUUGGAUUAUUUACAUUCCUGUCGGAAAGUUUAUAUCAACAUGACGCCGGAAAUACUGGCGACCGUUUUGUUUUGCAUGGACGGCGUGGCAUCCGCAAUUGUUAUAGUCUUCGGUUUGGCGGGCAACGCAAUGGCUCUAUUCAUUCUUACGAGGCCCAAGCUGAGGUCCUCCACCUACACGUUCUUGACGGGCCUCGCACUUUGGGACAUGGCUGUCCUGCUGGGCACGCUAUUUUUCAUAUCGCUACCUCAACUAAGUGACGAUUACAAACGACAUGUGUGGCCAUUUGUAAUGGUUUACGUUUAUCCUGCGGUCCUUGUUGUUCGCUUUGGGACUAUUUGGACCACCGUUUCUCUGACUGUAGAAAGAUAUAUCGCCGUUUGUAUACCACUAAAGGUGACCACGCUAUGUACAGUUCAUCGUGCAAGGAUAAUUCUCGUUAUCGUCGCCGUCGCAGCAGUUUUGUUCAAUGUGUGUAGGUGGUUUGAAUACGCAAUAACUGAAACUGUUGAAAUUCACGACAACCACACAAUAGCACUGUUGGGCUACACCGAAACGGCCUUUGGCCACAAUGCUAUGUUCAAGAGAAUCUACUACCAAUAUAUCUAUACGAUUGUUGUGAUUUGUAUACCGUUUGGAUUAUUAGCAGUGAUCAAUACCCACCUCAUGCUUGCAGUCAGAAGAUCGAAGCUCGCGCAGGAGACCAUGUGCUCCCGGAAAUAUAAAGAGCACAGAGUUUCAGUCAUGCUAACGGUUGUUGUUCUCGUGUUCAUCUGUUGCCAAGUCCCCGCGGUAGUUUACAACAUCGCCUACUCCAUCAAUGUCGACAUAAAAGACGCCUUCCAUUGGCAGGUUCUUUCCUCGUUAAGAAACCUUCUAAUUACAGUAAAUAGUGCAGUUAAUUUCUUACUGUAUUACGCACUGAGUAAGAAAUUCAGGAGCAUAUUCAUGCAAGUAUUCUGCCGGAAACGUAUUCAAAAGUGAAUUGUGUUUUUAUAUAUAUAUCCAUGCUAUACGAGUACCUCAACUUACAAUAAUGUUCUACCCCAAUUAUAGAACACCUUUGAUCUUAUCUAAUGCGAAAACGUUUAGGUACACAGGUAACGUUGCGAUGAGGAUUCGCCCAGAAUGGAUUUCAUAAAGAUACGCAUGAGUUAUAGGUAGCAUCGUGUUUUUGACCGGGCGUGAACCUUGAUCCUACUUUGCCUCGAUUUCCGUAGAGACAAAUAUUCUGACCAAGUUUUAGUAGAAGAAGAUCAUACCGAGUGCUGUCAUAUAAAAACGUUUUAAUAGCUUAAGCUUACACACGUACAGUUGAACAUGACAUAUGUGUCUGAGAAACAUAAAUAUUGACCAAAUUUCAUGAAGAGUUGAUAGAAAAUAUGGCGCCUCUUGGACAUUAACUUGUUAUUUCCAGCAUGUGACAUAUUGAUAAUUAUUUUUACUAGACAUGCAUGAUCAAUAAUCAAACAUAACACAGAUUUUAUUCAGAAAAGUCAUUCUCACCAAAUUUCAUGAGCUUUGGGUAAAAAAUAUGGUGAAGACGGAUUCCACAAACUAAACCAACAGUGAUACUUGUUAUGGUGGCCAGGAUUCGGAAGUUGGUCUAUGACAUAAACAUUAAUGUCAAACACCAAUCAUUGCAACUUCAUUUAUACGGGUAGUUAUUUAA